GGCGGCUGUAGGAUAUCAUGGCUGAGUUUACCUGAGAACGGUUUAACGAGCUCUGAGAUCUGUGUAUUCACCUUCACUGUACACUCCACUGUUGUUUACUGUCAGUAGCUGACCUGUGACAGGCUCAUCCUCCUGCUGCUGAUGGAGUUCAUCCGACUACCAAAGGUGGAAAAUGUCAAGCUGCUUGACAGAGUGUCCCCCAGGAGGAGCAGAGUGGGCACCCUGUACCUGACAGCCACGCACACUAUCUUUGUGGAAAACGAGGCUGGAGUGCGCAAUGAAACAUGGGUGCUUCACAGUUUGGUGUGCAGUUUAGAGAAACAAGCUGCAACGUCUUCAGGUUAUCCUCUGCUCAUUCACUGUAAGAACUUCCAGGUUCUUCAUUUUGCCAUUCCCCGAGAGCAGGAAUGUCAGGACGUCCACCUGUCCCUUCAGCGCCUCUCCCAGCCAGAGUCUUAUGAGGAGCUGUACUGCUUCUCCUAUAAGCCCAAUGUUGACGAUGAGGAGAGGCAGAAUGAAUGGGACUUCAUGAACCUCAAGGCUGAUUACAGCAGAAUGGGACUCCCAAACGCCCACUGGAAACUCUCCCCGGCCAACCGAAACUACAAGGUUAGCGACACAUACCCCGCUGACCUCUUUGUACCUGAGUCUGCCACACCCCCAGUCAUAGUGGGGAGCUCCAAAUUCAGAAGCAGAGGCCGAUUUCCUACCCUGUCGUACUACUCCAAAGAAAAUCAUGCUGCUAUCUGCCGCAGCAGCCAGCCUCUGUCAGGCUUCAGUGCUCGCUGCCUGGAGGAUGAACAGAUGCUAGAGGCCAUCCUGAGGUCCAAUCCCUGCAGCGACUUCAUGUAUGUGGUGGACACCAGGCCCAAGUUGAAUGCAAUUGCGAACAGAGCUGCAGGAAAAGGCUAUGAAAAUGAAGACAACUACUCCAACAUAAAAUUCCAAUUCAUCGGCAUCGAGAAUAUCCAUGUUAUGAGGAACAGCCAACAGAAAAUGCUGGAAGUGUGUGAGUUGCGUUCCCCCUCCAUGUCUGACUUCCUGGAGGGUCUGGAGAGCUCAGGCUGGCUGAAGCACAUCAAAGCUGUUUUGGAUGCAGGCAUCUUCAUCACCAAGGCUGUUGCAGAGGAAGGCGUCAGCGUCCUGGUUCACUGUUCAGAUGGGUGGGACCGCACUGCUCAGGUGUGUUCAGUGGCCUGUGUGCUGCUGGAUCCGUACUACAGGACCCUCCAAGGACUCAUGGUACUCAUUGAGAAAGACUGGAUCUCAUUUGGCCACAAGUUCUCUCACAGAUGCAAUCACCUGGUUGGAGACCCAAAGGAGGUGUCUCCAGUCAUCGAUCAGUUUCUGGAAUGCGUGUGGCAGCUGAUGGAACAGUUCCCCUGUGCCUUUGAGUUCAAUGAGAGGUUUCUCAUCACCAUUCACAGCCACAUCUACUCCUGCCAGUAUGGGAACUUCAUUGGCAACAACCAGCGGGAGAGGAUUCAGCUCGGGGUUCAUCAGAGGACUCACUCUUUGUGGAGUUAUCUGUGGACAAACCGUACAGACUACAUCAACCCUCUGUACAGACCCGACCACAGCCAAACACAGGGGCUGCUCCGUCCAUCUACUGCCCCCUACUGCUUCAAAUUUUGGCGAGGGCUUUACAACCGGUUUGACCAAGGGAUACAUCCUCGACAGUCCGUGGAGGAUUAUCUGAGGACCAUUCAAGAGGAGACGCAGCAACUGGAGGAGCAGCUGGCCUCACACAAACAGAAAAUUGCCAAAUUGGAGGAGGAGCAGGGGUGGAGUGUAGUCCAGGAGGCCGCCCCCUUUGAUAAGAGCCCCACAGCGUGGACCCUCAGCCAUGACCUCAGACUGGCAAACACACCUCAGGACUACACUGGUGGAUUCAUCACCAGCAGCCCCUCUCAGCCAAAAGCACCAGACAGCAGCGGCCUCAUCCUCCUGCCCCAGGACUUGAACCAGACGUCCAUCUUCAGCCUCUCCAACAGCAGCGACCCAGAGUCGGGGAUUGCAGACUUGAGCUGUCGUUCACCCCUCAGUGAGGACAGCACAAGGGAUCCAGACUCUGAUGAAGCUGUCUACUCUGCAGCCUGAACAAAAGCAUCAGACUGUGUGUGUGAGAGAGGCAGCAAUGACCAAACACUACCUUUCCAAGCACCACCAUGACAUUGGCUCCUCCAUUCAAAGCCAUCUUCAAGCGCCAGAAUUAACCUGCACUUUUUCUUUGCAUGUGGUGUGUUUGCCACUCAUACACUAGUUAGUAAAUGUUUGCUGUAGCUGAUUCUAUUGUACUACUAAUUAUGGUCUUAUCAGUGUUAAAAGGGAUGACGUCACAGAAAGCUGUACUCGGAUGAAAAAACUAUGAAAUGUCAGACUUCACAGGCCAUUGAGAUAUAUUAGUGAGUAACUUUGACUCAUUUUAGAUUUCGAACAAGUUAAGAGCAAUUCUGAACAACUCUCUGCAACAGGUGUAAGGAAAUCUUGCCAAUUUAAUGAUGAUUCGACUACGUGCCUGCUUUUACUAUAGUCUUCCGUACUCUUCUUUCAUUAGACAUUGGCCUGCUGAUGUGAACUCCUUAUGGGAAAGAUGAUGAUGAACUAUUAAAGGUUAAAUCCAGCUAGAAACAUUUGCCACUCUGAUGCAACUUUGAGCAACAUGAGACCAAAGCAACAUUUCAGAUUGAUAAAUUGUCAACUGGCAUUUAUGCCAAUGUGACCCACCUUUGUAGCAGAUAUACUUGUAUACACAGGGAAUUUAUUUUCUUUUUCUAAAAUGUUUUAGUGAUUUUGUCUUUUUUUUAAAUUGUUUUUAAUGCGUUGUCAGUUGUCUGGAUAAAAAAGUAGCAUACUUUUCAUUAUUAUCCCAAAUGAACAUGAUGUGAACAUAAUGCUUUAAAAUUUCACUGUUAGACUAAAAAAUUGUAUGCAUUUCUAUCCAAAAUAUUUCAGUAGUAGACGUCUUCUGAUUACUCUGAUAUUUAUACCAAAGGGAAUCCACAGGUUUAAAAGUGAACAGAUUCAAUAAUUUGAUGACAAGGCACCUAAAGUGAGAAGAUCAAAACAUGUGAUUGUGAAUACACACAAUUCAGGUGCAUACAGCAGAAGUAAAAUCUAAAAUUAACAUUUAACAUUGCCCAUAGCAGUGCAGUGCACACUAGAUUCACUGCAGACCUGCAAAUGAACAACACAGAUUAUUAAGCAAAGCAUGUUCACUUAUUUUUGUACAAUUACCUAUUUUUGACUACUGUAAUCCUGAUUUAAGGCAUGUUUUUAACUGUAUCAGAGAGUAGAUCGUGCAGAUUUUGUAUGGAGGAAAGAGCUUUGUAUUACCAGGUUUAUUUAUUCAGUGCUAUGGAUUUAUGGUAAAUGCAGCAGUAUUAAAAUUGUGUCUGUAUUGUGAAAUAAAUGACUGCAUUAUUGUCA